AUGUCGACCGAGCUUGACCACCUUAAGAAGCUUGCUGCCCAGCUGCAGGACAAGAUCGCCGAGCUCGAGGGCAAGGCUGCCGCCAAGGCCACCGAGGUCAAGGACUCGGUCGCCGCGGCCGUCCACGGUGUUGUUGGCCAGACGCAGGCUCCCAAGCUCAUCCUCAUCGGUCCCCCCGGUGCCGGCAAGGGUACCCAGGCCCCCGCCAUCUCGGAGAAGUACUGCGUCUGCCACCUUGCUACCGGUGACAUGCUCCGCUCGCAGGUCCAGAAGCAGACCGAGCUCGGCAAGGCUGCCAAGAAGAUCAUGGACGCCGGUGGCCUCGUCUCCGACGACAUCAUGAUCAACAUGAUCAAGUCGGAGCUCGAGAGCAACAAGGAGUGCAAGGACGGCUUCAUCCUCGACGGCUUCCCCCGUACCGUCCCCCAGGCCGAGAAGCUCGACGCCAUGCUUGCCGAGAACAGCAAGAAGAUUGACCACGCCAUCGAGCUCAAGAUCCCCGACGCGCUCCUCAUUGCCCGUAUCACUGGCCGUCUCGUCCACCCCGCCUCGGGCCGCUCGUACCACCGCGAGUUCAACCCCCCCAAGAAGCCCAUGACCGACGACAAGACCGGCGAGCCCCUCAUCCAGCGUUCGGACGACAACGCCGAGACCCUCAAGAAGCGUCUCGGCACGUACCACCAGCAGACCUCCCCCGUCGUCGACUACUACCGCAAGACCGGCAUCUGGUCGCCCGUCGACGCCGCCCAGAGCCCCAAGCUCGUCUGGGCCUCCAUCUCGACCAUCCUCGAGAACGGCGACAAGAAGAACUAG